AUGUCGUUCACCACGGGCCCCAUGUUUGGGGCAAGCGGCUUAGGGGGGUUCGGCGCCGCUCCCCAGCCGUCGCAAACGUCGCAGCCGUCGCAGCCGUCCAGCAUAUUCUCUCCGAGUAACCCUACGAGUAUAUUUGGGAACCCUCAAACAACGCAGGCUCCCUCAACAAACUCCAUCUUGGGCGGCCAAACUCAAACUCAACAACAGCCUGUUCAGUCCUCAAUCUUCGGUUCGGGCCAACCUCCUGCCAGCACGGCGCAGCCUCUUAAUACUUCUUCCCAAGCGGCGCAACCCGCCUUCUUCAACAGUUUAUUGGAGCGUGGCAAAAAGCGACCGCUCUCUACAUUUGCUCAAAAUGGUAGCUUUGAGGAAUUACCUCAUCUCCAGUUGGGUCUCGAUGAUAUUCGCCGAAAGGCAAGGGGACUUGGCACCGGGGGUCUAAAAGACGCCCCUGUACCGAGCAGCAAAGCUCAUUAUCUACUCGCAGCAUCAGGCGUUUCCCCUGGUCAUGCUCUACGUGAUCUGAAAGCCUUAGAGCCUCAAGCGUCUAUUUCACUUCCAUCAAAAGAGCAGGACGCCUUCGAUCCCGACAAUCAGAAAUAUUUAAGGAAUAUUCAACAACGUGGUCGCCAGGUCAUGGUUGCGGAAAGUCUUGCCAGAGCCCAGCGGGACUUUGAUUCCUUUCUGGAAGAGAAGGUAGAUCUCAACUGGGAGGAGCAGCGCCAUAGGAUCUUCAAACAUUUUGGCUUGUCUCAAAAAGAUAACCCGGCAGGAGAUUCAGGGCCAUCAUUUGGUCGUUCGACAAGGCAACCCAAUCACUUCGGGCCUGCGUCUACCCACGGCGUUUCUCGGAGAAGCGUCUUUGGCCGUUCUGGCUUGGAAAAGUCAGUAAUAGGUACCCCUGGUACUGGAAAACCGAGCCAUCAGCUCUUCGACGAGCCAAUGGAACGCACAGAUGGUUCCGGCUUUCAAACCAUGGACCUUCGAUUCUUGCGCGAAAAGAUGGGCUAUUAUGCGGACAAGGUCCAAUCUCUCAACUCUGCUCGGCUCCAGGCGCGUAGCUUCCCAGUUAUGCAUGAGUUUUCUGAGGUUGAAAAGCAUGCUGGCGGUGAUGUUCCUCGUCAGCUUUUUGACGCAUACAGAGCUUUAAUAAUUAUUGUCGGAGAAUCGGCUGAUGUUACGGGAGUGUCAGAGCGUGGCGCCAUCAAUGAGCGUCAAUUCGCGGAGGACUAUUUGAAUGAAGCGUCAAAGUCGCAACAGGCAGUAAACAUGAGAACGCGUAUAGUUGAAGGUUCAAGGAUGUUCCUUGAGAACUCAUUCUACACCGAGAUCGAAGCAGCAAUCAUCAAAAAUCCGCGCGAAGCGCAGCUUGGUGGAAUACCGACUGUGGUCAACAAAAUUCGCGCGUAUAUCCGCCUCAGGGAAUCCAGACGAGACCUUGCGCCGGAUGGCACCGAGCUGCAGACUGUGGGGGAUGAUUACUGCUGGAUUCUCAUCUUUUAUCUUCUGCGGUGUGGAUUCAUCACUGAGGCCGCAGAAUACGUUACCCGCGAUCCCGGCUUCCGGUCAUUGGAUCAUAAGUUUGUAACUUAUAUGACAACCUAUGCUCAAAACAAACGGUUACCAAGGGAUAUGCAGCAAAGAAUCAAUGGCGAGUAUCAACAACGGUCGCGCAACGCUCCCGACAACACCAUUGACCCAUACCGAAUGGCGUGUUAUAAGGUCAUUGGGCGUUGCGACCUUGGCCGCAGGCGCCUUGAUGGUAUCAACCAGAGCGUCGAGGAUUGGAUGUGGUUGCAGUUUAGCCUAGCCAGGGAAGAUGAUCGAGCAGAAGAGGUUGCGGGUGAUGUCUUCGGUCUGGAGGACAUUCAGACCGAUAUCACUGAGAUAGGACAGCGAGUAUUCGGAAAGGGUCAGGAAGGGCCUGGCGGCUAUGGGACUUACUUCCUUUUACAGAUUCUUGGAGGGAUGUUCGAACAAGCCAUUAGCUAUCUCGGAUCCUAUGCGCCUGUCAGUGCAGUGCACUUUGCUAUUGCACUCGGAUACUAUGGCCUUUUAAGGGUCUCUGAUUUCUAUACUUCCGGAGAAGAGAUUUUAUCUUUCACUAUGAAACAAUAUCCGCAGAUCAACUUCGGCUAUCUUGUAACCCAUUACACGAAAGAGUUCCGCACCGCUUAUGUCGAAGCGGCAAUUGACUAUUUCUCUCUGCUCUGCCUUAAUGCUGAUCUUCCAGGGGCUCUGGGUAAAUCUCAAGCCUCCGUGUGCCAUGAGGCUCUGCGAGAAUACAUCCUGGAAACUAGGGAUUUUGCGAAGCUCCUCGGCGACAUCCGUUCGGACGGCUCUAGAAUUAAGGGUCUGAUAGAACAACGUAUUAGCCUGAUCAAGUUGGUGGACCAGGAAGAAUUUUUGAGGACAAUCACUGUACAGGCGGCCGCUGUCGCUGAAGACAAGGGACUAAUAACAGACUCGGUCCUUCUGUACCACCUUGCUGAAGACUAUGAUCGUGUCAUUGAUAUCAUAAACAGAACCUUGUCGGACUCUGUGGCUGUUCCCUUGGGAAGCCCCACACUGAAGUUACAGCCUUUGCGACCUCGCACUAGCCUACAGCAGGAUGACGGUGGACAGGAGGCUAGUGCCGAGCCAGGUACAAGCCUAAGCUUGACCGUGGUGGAAGAGCCAGUCGUUUUGGCAAAGAACAUGAUUGGUCUCUACAACCAGAAUGCCUUGUAUUAUCAGCGCAUUCGUCAAUCAAGUCGAGACGCAUGCGGCGUUUUGCUUCGGAUGAUGGAAGCCAAGGUAGAGGUCGAAGCAGGAAAAUGGACAGCGGCCCUGGAUACGAUCAAUGGAUUGGGCAUUCUGCCAUUACGAGCCAAUGGCUCUGUACCUUAUAUCCGAAGUGCUGCUCAGGCGUUCUCAGCACUCCCGUCGCUUAUUUCUAGCAAUGUCGGCCAUGUGAUAAUCUGGAGCAUUACAUGUAUCGGACGUGAACGGGAGCGACUAAGCAGCGGACCGUAUGAGAAUGAGAUGAGGCAGGGGCUCGCUGAGGAACUGUUGCUCAUGGCGAAGGAUCUGAUGAUAUUCUCUGGAAUGGUCAAGUAUAAAUUACCUCCAAGAGUCUAUGAGACUCUUGCUCGGGCUGGAGCAGAUAUUGGCGCGUAUUAA